AGCCUUCAGUGUCAUCUUCGGGAACACUACCUUUUUUUUCUUUUUGAGAUAAGAUUUGCUGUCAUUGCUCUGGAGUUCACAAGCUUGUCUGGGUAUAUACUGCUAUGCUCACAAAGCGAUUAUUUCUUUUUAGGUUUAUUCAAAUUGACCCAGGGGUCUUUACAUGGAUUUUGGGGACUGAACUCAGGUCAUUGUGUUUCAGGGCAAGUCCUUGAUGGAUUGAGCCAUCCCCCUGCCUCCUUUCAUAGCCAAUUAUAAGUACAUAGGUCAAGGGUAUUAGGUACAUUCAUAGUGUGCAGCCGUCUCCACCAUCACACUGAAGAACUCUUCGUUGUAUGAAACAAAAAUGGUGAACCCCCUGGACAACUCGUUUUGUGGCUCCCACCCUAUCCCCUCAACCACGUUUCUACAUCCUGUUGCUAUCCUUCUGACUACUGAGCACUCUGAAGUAGAGUCAGACAGUGUGUCUUUGUGACUGCAUCAUUUGACUUAGCAUAUUGUCCUCAGUGUUCAUCCAUUAUGUACCAACGGUCAGAAGAAACACGGGCACCAAUGUCCCUGAUUGGAUUGCCUCUACACUUUGGAUCUCAUGACUGACCAAUGCUGCAGAACAUAAAUUUCCUGGACGUCACGGUUUCAUUUCCAUUGGGUACAUACCCAGAAGUAGAAUUGUUGGAUCUAAUUGUACCCUUUGUUUUUCUUUGGCUUAGUGGGGUUUUUUUAUUAUUAUUCCAAUUUGUGGGAUUGCUGAUACUUGUAGAUCACAUGCGUUGUGUGUGACUCAUUUGAAGCCUGAGUCUUGAGCCCUGAGCACCACUGUGAGGCAGGAAGUGGCUUUGGGAAAGUCUCUUCUGAAGAGACAGCUGCCCAGCAAAGAACCUUUGCUCAGGAGCCCCAGGUUCUGCCUGGCAACAGUGAGAACGACUUCCUCAGUUGACCUCCUUCCUCCCCACUCCGCUAUGCUGUAUCCCACCAAUGCAUCUGUGAGUCUGGGCCAACAGGUGGCCCGAGGCAGCCGGGAUGACACUUCUCCCCAGGAACCCUUCUAUCUGCUGAGAAACAUGACCAGCAAAUCUCACUGGAAGCUCCUGGCCUUGGCUCUGGUCCUUGUUGUUGUCAUGGUGUGGUAUUCCAUCUCCCGAGAAGACAGCUUUUAUUUUCCCGUCUCCGAGAAGAAAGAGCCAUGCUUCCAGGGUGAGGCAGAGAGGCAGGCCUCUAAAAUUUUCGGCAACCAUUCUAGGGAACAGCCCAUCUUUCUGCAGCUUAAGGAUUAUUUCUGGGUAAAGACACCAUCCGCCUAUGAGUUGCCCUUUGGGACUAAAGGAAGUGAAGAUCUUCUUCUCCGGGUGUUGGCCAUCACCAGCUACUCUAUACCCGAGAGCAUACAGAGCCUCGAGUGUCGUCGGUGUGUUGUGGUGGGGAAUGGGCACCGGUUAAAGAACAGCUCACUGGGAGGUGUUAUCAACAAGUACGAUGUGGUCAUCAGAUUAAACAAUGCUCCUGUAGCCGGUUAUGAGGGAGACGUGGGCUCCAAGACCACCAUACGUCUCUUCUAUCCUGAGUCGGCCCACUUCGACCCUAAGAUAGAAAACAACCCAGACACGCUCUUGGUCCUGGUAGCUUUCAAGGCGAUGGACUUCCACUGGAUUGAGACCAUCUUGAGCGAUAAGAAGCGGGUGCGAAAAGGUUUCUGGAAGCAGCCUCCCCUCAUCUGGGAUGUCAACCCCAAACAGAUCCGGAUUCUAAACCCCUUCUUUAUGGAGAUUGCCGCGGACAAGCUCCUGAGCCUGCCCAUACAACAGCCUCGAAAGAUCAAGCAGAAGCCAACCACGGGUCUGCUAGCCAUCACCUUGGCCCUACACCUCUGCGACUUGGUGCACAUCGCCGGCUUCGGCUAUCCAGAUGCCUACAACAAGAAGCAGACCAUCCACUACUAUGAACAGAUCACACUCAAGUCUAUGGCGGGCUCAGGCCACAAUGUCUCCCAAGAGGCUGUAGCCAUCAAGCGGAUGCUAGAGAUGGGAGCUGUCAAGAACCUCACAUACUUCUGACUUGGAUGAGAGCUGCGUUCCCUACUUUGCUAUUUGAGUUGGCCCUGUCCACAGCUUUGGGGUGCCUGGUGCCAGUACAACCCAAUUGACCUCACCCUCAAUGGAGAGGGUGUUCUGGGACUGGCCAGGUCUCAGGAGAGGCUAUGCCCCUGGCUAAUUUGGUGGAUUUCAAAUCCAGACAGGGUGGACAUACUGAGGCUACGGGGCAAGGUAGCAGGGAGCCUGUUACUGUGGCAUCCCCUCUCUGCCAGCACAAAGAAUUUUUGUUUUGUUUUGUUUUGGAAUGUUGGUGGUGGCUGGUUGGUUCUUCUGUUUGUUUGUUUAGUUUGUUUGUUUUUGUUUGUUUUGUUUUGUUCUUGAGACAGGGUCUUAACUGUGAAGCCCUGGCUAAUCUGGAACUCACUAUGUAGACCAGGCUGGUCUUGAACUCACAGAGAUCCAACUGCCUCUGCCUCCCACAGGUUGGGGAUUAAAGGCGUGUACUACGACGCCUGACCCCAGCACCAAGACAUUAUUUAACAUACUAUUUAAUUAAGGGGUAGGAAAAUGAAUGGGCUGGUCCCAGGACAUUCACAAAAGGAACACAAUACAGUGUUCUGCCCACUUUUUAAUAAAAUUUACAUACGAUUGGCCUGUUAAGGCCCAAUUCUAGAGCUGGCCUCCCAGAAAGACGGAGGCAUCAAGAGUGGGAGGGUGUCCUCCAGAGAGGGGUUGCUACUUCCCAGCGGGCAUGGGGGGAGCGUUGACAAAGGGGUUCUACCUAGAAGGGGCCUCACCUUGAAAAGAGGUUGCAAAAGACCAUUAAAAUAUUUUUUUUUCCUAAAACGGAA